CUCAUCACCGACAAGGCGCGCGGCAUCAAGGCCCUAUAAAUAGGACCCAAUCCCCCAUCGAUUGCCUUCACACACGAUCUCUUGUUCGGCAGCUCUCGUCAAAUCCCCUCUUCGACCGAUCGAUCGAUCGAUCUCGCGGUGUCUCUUUCAGAUCGCUUCGUUCAAGAUGCAAAUCUUCGUGAAAACUCUUACUGGCAAGACCAUCACCCUUGAGGUUGAGAGUUCAGAUACAAUCGACAAUGUGAAGGCCAAGAUCCAAGAUAAGGAGGGAAUCCCCCCAGACCAGCAAAGGCUCAUCUUUGCUGGCAAGCAGCUCGAGGAUGGGCGCACAUUGGCUGAUUACAACAUCCAGAAGGAAUCGACCCUGCACCUGGUUCUUCGCCUUAGGGGUGGCAUGCAGAUCUUUGUGAAGACCCUCACGGGCAAGACCAUUACCCUCGAGGUUGAAAGCUCUGACACGAUUGAUAAUGUGAAGGCCAAGAUUCAAGACAAGGAGGGAAUCCCCCCAGACCAGCAGAGGCUCAUCUUUGCUGGCAAGCAGCUCGAGGAUGGACGCACCCUGGCUGAUUAUAACAUCCAGAAGGAAUCCACACUACAUUUGGUGCUUCGUCUGAGAGGUGGCAUGCAGAUCUUUGUGAAGACCCUCACAGGCAAGACCAUUACCCUCGAGGUUGAAAGCUCUGACACUAUUGAUAAUGUUAAGGCGAAGAUUCAAGACAAGGAGGGAAUCCCCCCAGACCAGCAGAGGCUCAUCUUUGCAGGCAAGCAGCUCGAGGAUGGACGCACCUUGGCUGAUUAUAACAUCCAGAAGGAAUCCACACUCCAUUUGGUGCUUCGUCUGAGAGGUGGCAUGCAGAUCUUUGUGAAGACCCUCACCGGCAAGACCAUUACUCUUGAGGUUGAGAGUUCUGAUACCAUUGACAAUGUGAAGGCCAAAAUCCAGGACAAAGAAGGGAUCCCCCCAGACCAGCAGCGGUUGAUCUUUGCUGGCAAGCAACUCGAGGAUGGCCGGACGCUAGCGGACUACAACAUUCAAAAGGAAUCCACCCUUCACUUGGUCCUCCGUUUGAGAGGAGGAAUGCAAAUCUUCGUCAAGACCCUCACCGGGAAAACAAUCACUUUGGAAGUUGAGAGCUCCGACACCAUCGACAAUGUCAAAGCAAAAAUUCAGGACAAGGAAGGCAUUCCCCCGGAUCAGCAGAGGCUUAUUUUUGCUGGGAAACAGCUAGAAGAUGGUAGGACUCUGGCAGAUUAUAACAUCCAGAAAGAGUCCACUCUUCACUUGGUUUUGCGUCUUAGGGGAGGCAUGCAGAUAUUUGUGAAGACCCUUACCGGCAAGACUAUCACUUUGGAAGUGGAGAGCUCUGACACAAUCGAUAAUGUCAAAGCGAAGAUACAGGACAAGGAAGGCAUUCCCCCGGACCAGCAGCGAUUGAUUUUUGCAGGGAAGCAACUCGAGGAUGGCCGGACACUGGCCGAUUACAACAUUCAAAAGGAGUCGACUCUCCAUCUCGUCCUCCGUCUGCGUGGUGGGAUGCAGAUCUUUGUCAAGACCCUGACCGGAAAGACCAUCACUUUGGAGGUGGAGAGUUCAGACACCAUCGACAACGUGAAGGCGAAGAUCCAGGAUAAGGAGGGCAUCCCACCAGACCAGCAGAGGCUGAUCUUUGCUGGGAAGCAACUCGAAGACGGGAGGACUUUGGCUGACUACAACAUUCAGAAAGAGUCGACUCUGCACUUGGUCCUUCGUCUCCGUGGUGGCUUCUAAGUUUUCAUACCGUCACAGGGUCUUUAAGUUUAUGCAGUCAAGUUUGUCUCUUUUUCUCUAGUUAGGUCUCAUGGGUUUGUUUGCUAUGGUUCAGUUUCGAUGUGUUCUGAUGGGUCAAUACUUUGAAUAAAUUUGUGAUUACCUGUUUA